AUGUACUGUUUUUCACAACUUAUCCUCACCAGCUCUCAUCUGCUCAUCCUACCAGUGGGACAGCCAAUCCCAAUUGAGGGAUCACUGGUCUUCAUCCCCUUAACCAAUAGCCAGUGUGCACGCAAAGUCGUCUCGCACAACGAGCUAGAUAUGAAAAUUUUCAUCCCCAUCACCAUCACACUCUCCGCACUCUGUCUUGCCAGAGCUGACAGGCGUCAAGAAGUGCCAAUAGCUGGCAUCUUUGAGGCGGGCUCUGUCGGUGAAAGUGCCUUCUCCUUUGCCGUCUAUGCGUAUAAUAAAAAUUCUCAUAAUCCUUUCUACCUCCUCCCAAAGUUGAGUAUUCUCACCCCUCCUCACGAUGCCCUCCGUGUGAUGGAUCGGUUCUGCGACCUUGUCAGUGACAAUGUUCUUGCCGUCUUUGUCAGUGAACUUGCGUUUGACGAGGAAGUGAAUCGGGUACUUACCAACACGGCGGCAGCGCUCCAAAUACCUCUGAUCACGACAGCUGAUGGAAGGGGAGGUGUGUUUACCCGAAACCUCAUGCCUACCACAAAGGAAGCGUUGGCGGAAGUACUGGUACAUGAGAACUGGACGGCAUUCGCCUACCUCACCACGAGCAUGGAAGGUGUUAGAAGGUUGGGGCAAUUGGUGGGAGAGUUAAAAGAGCGGGGAAGUAACUUGAGUUUGACAGAAGUAACAGUGCACUACGUAGGAGUGCGUGGGAUGAACGAAAGAGAGUUGCAGGGAUCGCUGGUAGCGCUAGAUGGCGCUCUGAAGAAAAGGGUGACAAGGCGGGUAGUAGUCGACUCGAGAGUGGUGGAGACCAACCAAUUGAUGCGGAUGUUUUCGAGGAUGGGGAUGAACAGAGGCGAGUAUGAAUUCCUAUUUGCCAGUCUUAAUGUGGCCGACACGGAUCUGGUGGACUAUAUUUACUCUGGAGUUAAGUUGGCCGGAUACAGACUCAUGGAUCCAGAGCGCGCCGAUGUGAAACAAUUCGCAGCUGAGUGGACCAACUGGAACAGUCGCAGUUCCACUGUUCCUCACCUUCCGCCUAUUGCCUCCACCACCACUACCAACUCACCACCUUUCUACCACGCCGCUCUGAUGGCCGAUGCUGUGGGUCUCUUCACCUCCACCUUGCAUUGCCGCCUCCAACAAAUGGAGCCCCACCGGGCCAACGCCUCACUAGCCGAACUCACAGCAGCUGCGCUGCAGAUGCGUCAGCAGCCUUCAUUAAGCGGCGGCAGCAGUAAGAGAAACGGGGGCGGACGAUCCAGCUGCUACCUGGGCGGUCGACUAAUGUAUCAGCACGGAGCUUACCAGGUUCGCGGACUGGGGGUAAUUGCGGACCUGCGAAGGCACUUUGUGACGGUCGACGUUGAUGAUGGGUGUGGAGACAUAGGCCUGCGUGGAUUGACGGGAGAUUUGCGGACCAGCGUGGAGGAACGGGAGGCGAGGGAGCUAGUGCUGUGGUCAGCUAUGGACACAGUGGGACUGCAACCGGUAGCUAGGUGGUCUUCGACAACCCACCUUGAUUUCGAGGCCUUCAAACCUCCGCACAUCACAAAAGACCCCCACACUACGCCAGAGCCAAGUGGGGAUUCUACAGGCAGCGAACGCCUUCCCCAAGUCUGGGAGGAGGAUUUUGAUCCCUCUGUUGUCAUUGAUCGACAGCGUCUGGCUGACUACCACAACCGCACCAUCCGUGUGGUUACCAUCUGGUCUAAGCCCUUCGUUCAACCCAAGCCCCGAAAACUUGGAGCUCCCGAGGCUCACGGCAUUGAUGGGUUCGAGGGGUUCUGUGUAGACCUCCUGGAGGAAAUUAGUAAGAUCGUUGGCUUCAAAUACGACAUCCACAUCGUCUACGAUGGAAUUUUUGGGACGAAAAUAGGAGAGAUGCCACCACAGCGUGUGGAGGUAUUAUCAAGGCGGUCGCUAAGUAAUCUUGUGGACCGGCGAGUGGAGACUCGACGACUACAGGUGUGGAAUGGACUGAUUGGCGAGAUUUUGAAUAACACAGCCGACUUGGUGAUGGCACCACUCACAGUGAACUACCUAAGAGCCCAGGUUGUGGAGUUCUCGGAGCCAUUCCUCGCCUUCGGGCUGUCCUUGAUUAUCAAGAAACCGGGGAAACAAAAAUCCGGCAGUUUGUCAUUCCUCAGACCCCUUUCAAAUGCCGUGUGGUUUGCAGUAUUUGGCGCUUGGAUCACGGUGAGUUUAGGCCUCUAUGUGAUUGCCCGAAUCAGUCCUACGGAGUGGCAAGUGACAACCGAUCCAGUGACUGGGAGGCGGCACUGCAAUCGACGAUUUACUUUGGGAAAUUCGGUGUGGAUUUCAUUUGCCGCGUUUGUACAACAGGGGGUAGAUUUCUCUCCACGGGCACCUGGCACUCGUAUAGUGAUUGCAGUGUGGUGGUUUGUCACCCUCAUUCUCAUUGCCUUUUACACAGCCAACCUGGCUGCCUUUCUGACUAUCUCACUUCGCGUGCCUCCAAUCAACAGUUGGAACGAUUUGCUCAAAUCCGACAUGGAGUACGGAUCGCUCAAGUCGGGCUCCACCAGAGAUUUCUUUUUCAACACAAAAUUAGAGCCAUUUGCUCAACUCGGUGCCUGGAUGAAACGAAACGCCCACGCGCUAGCUAACAAUCUGGAGGAGGGAGUGGAUAGAGUUCGCUCGUCCAAGGGCAAGUACGCUUUCGUGCUAGAGUCCGUGAUGAAUGAGUAUGUCAACAAUCGCGAGCCCUGCGAUACCAUGAUGGCGGGUAGCGCUUUUGGCAACUACGGCUACGGUAUCGCUCUGCCUCGCAGAUCACCGAUGCGUGAAGUGCUAAGCGACGCCGUCUUGCGUCUACGCGAGAGUCAGGUGCUCGCCAAUCUACGCAAAAAGUGGUGGAUUGAGCGAGGCCAAUGCUCCUCUGCUGCGGAUACUGAUAGAUCAGCCGCAGAUGCUUUAGCCCUGAUCAACGUUGCAGGCGUGUUUCAUAUCCUCGUGGGUGGACUUCUACUAGCUCUGCUGGUGGCAGCGGUGGAACUCGUGUGGCAUAUGCAAUGGAAACAGAGGGGUCGGUGGUGGCGACAGAGAAGCAAAGUUGCGGAGGUGAUAGGAAAGUCAACAAAACUAGGUGCUGAAGCUAGGAUGGGGGGCAACGAGGUGGAUCCAUGGACGAUGCAGAUGCAUAACGACAACAACAACAACAACAAGGAUAGUCGUGCCGGUUACGGCCUAGAAGCAACACGGUCCACAGCCACAGAAGCCACCACAUCCACCACCGCAACAACCACCAUGGAAACCGCCAUGACACCCACUGCCACAGCACCCACUGCACCAACCAUGAUCGUGGAAACCACAACAGCCACCGCUUCCACACGGGCACCAAUUGUGAUCGAAGGAGCCACAGCAGGGCCCGCAACGGAUGGAGGGACAGCGGGAAUGGGCAAGAAAGUGGUUAACAUUUUCGGUGCGGAAGUGUUCAAUCACCCUUUAGGAGAGAAUUAA